AUGUAAAAUAACGAUCCAAUACCUAUAUAUAUGCUUACUAAAAAAACAAAUGUAGAUCAUUUAGUUGGAUCUAAAGCGUCUAGAACACAUACUAGUAAGAUUAAUAUAGAAAUAAUAUAGGAAUAGAGACAAAAGUGAGCACAUCAAUUUCAAAUUCAUAGAAUAGUCAACGCAAAACAUCUUUUUAUAAUCGACCUCCAUUGUCAACAAAAAAUUCAUAUAGUGUUCAUGUUGAUAUUGAUGAAGGUUAAGGAGUGAAAAAAAUUUAGAGUUAUCAAAAAAUUAAUAACAAAAUGGAGAAGUUUUCAUAAUAGAAUAGACAUUAAAUAUGUAAGUUUUAUGAAGGAAUUUAUUUAAUUGGAAAUUCAACAUUUGGAAAAACAGAAAUUCUUUAUUAAUAUGGAGCAUGUCAUCUUGAAUAAUUAUUAUCUGAUUUAGUCUUUCCUUAUGGAGCUAAAGAUGUCUAAAAAAAGUUCUCUGAUUCUUAAAGUGAAAUAAAUGAAAUUAUAUUUAAAAGACAUGUUUCAGAAAAUAAUCCAAAUUGUUUUAUUUUACCAAUUAAAACUUCAGAGUCGUUUGAAAAAGCAUGUAAUAAUAUAAUUUAUUAUAGAGUAUAAUAGUAAUUAAUUGGCUUAUUGCAUUUGUUUAUCUUUACAAGAUAUUACUCCAAUAAAAAAUGGUUAUCUCAAAUGUGAAAGAGUACUCUGUAUAGUUUCAUACUUGCCUUUAAUAAAAUAUUUUAUUGACUUUUUAAUAGAAGUUAUGAGUAUGAAUUCAAUUAAUUAGAUUGUGCUAAAUAAGAGAGGUUUAAUAAUUUGACAUUUACUUAAUAUAUACAAAAAUGCCCUCUUUUUGAAACCCUCCCUAUAUAAAUACCAAGUCAAUAAAUACCCCAAUCUUAUUAUGAAUUUCAUGAUUACCAUGUGAAAUAACUAAAAAUAUUAAAUAAUGCACUUAGUUUAGGAUUAAUUGCCAUAAAUAUCAUUUUAGAAAGAUCAGUCAUUUUUGUAGCCUAAAAUGUUUAAUAAUUAGGAGCAAUUCUUAUGAUAUUUCUUAAACAUAUUAAAUGGAUUCAUUAAAUGGUAGCUUCAAUUCCUCCAAAAAAUAUUGAAUUAUUAAAUGUACCAGUUCCCUUAUUAGGUGGAAUAGUAUUAGAUGAUUAUCAAUGUGUAGAAUAAUUAAUCGAUGAAUAUCCAAAUGUUGUUUUUGUGGAUCUUUUUAAGUUAUAUUUUAUUUGAUUUUAGUUAGCAUGUUCGAAAUUCUCAUGAUUUCACUAAAAGUCUCAUUUAUAUAUUUUUGGUUAGAUAAUUAUAAGGGAAGUCGCCUUUUGAGAUUGGAUAAAUAUUAGGACAAUUCUAAUAAAAUUUAGUUUAGGAGACAACUAAGGAUGAGUUCAUAAUUAAAGAAUUUAGACUAACUUAAUAUUUUCAUGAAAUGGAUUAGAUGAAAUAAUCAUUGAAUGUAAAAAGUAUUCCCACUUAAUCUCAAUAGAUAAAAGUAUAAUAAGAAACUUUUAGAAAGAUUUGA